GUGCCCGUGUGUCUCGCGAGUAAUUUCGCUGCUCACCGCUACUGAAAAGAUCUGUGUAACAUCACUUUCCGUUGCACAAAGUGAGUUGUCCGCCCGCAAGGAGACGAACGCAUCAGGAGAAAAUCGUCUCCUUGGGAGCGCCGCCGCAGCACCGCAACGCCGUCACCGCGGUGUAAUUUAUGAGUGAUUUUAUUCUGUCAGGAAUUUAAGUGGGCUUUUGCGGCAGCACAAGAAGCUCGAAACUCUCAAAAAGUGCAUUGCGAAAAAAUCGUGGCAUUUCGAGUUCCGAUGGUAUAGCAGCGCAAAGCAAAGUGCAACGAAUGCCGAACCACACCGUGUGGUGUGCAUCAGGUAAAGUGCAGUUUGGCCGUAGACGCCCUAUUUCUGGUGGAAGUGCAACGUUUAUGCAGAGACAGUUUUGCGGGUGUACGAAACCGAACCGGUGCGAUGGUGGAAUGUAGGAAAGCGCAAGCAUAGUAAUAUGCUAAGCUUCGAACGUUUUCGGUUGAGUAACUUUCUGGUGUUGUCAGUUUGCGCUGCAUUUGAAUAGCUGCCGGCCCCCUAAAAAUCUCACCUAUUGGAAGAGCAUUUCAACACGAGCAUAAUUAUUACAAACAUAUUUGGUAAAUUAUUCGAAAGAAUUUGGUCACGAAAACUCCAGCAACAGCCUCAGUAGACUAGUGUUUCUGAGCAAACAGUGAUGUAAGCCACCCGCCAUUCGUCAAAAGCCAUCAGCCACGCAUCUAACAUCAAUGUCCAAUGUCCUCGCCGGUGAACUUUUGUUAAAUAAUCAUUCGUGAUAGCUUUGCCGAGUUGAAGUUCAUAACUCAAGUGUUGGAUAGGGAAUAAAACUAUAAUACUCGUAAAUUAAAGCAGCCCACCGUGGGGGGUUGUUUGGGAAAUUACAUGUUGCGAGAAUAAGUGAAGCAAACAAUACGUUAGUCAGGACAAGGCAGCAGCACGCCUCUGAAAACAAAAACAGUAGGUUGACACCCAUUUGCCAAACGGUAUUGAUACUUGCGAAACAGGUGUUGACGAGGCAGCAAGAGGUCAAAACGAAGAAGGAAACGCCCCAGCAGCCAACAACGGCGAGCAACUGAGAAAGAAUCGAUUUGUCCAUUGAUAAGCGCUCGAGUGGACGGGGAAACUUAUAAGGCGGUAUGAGUUUUAGCACAGCUACAGUUAUGCAGAUGACGAACGAAUGGGGAGCGCCCUCGCACGGGGCGGCGGAAUCUCUGUCCGGUGGAAGUAACAGCAGUUCAAGUUCCCCGCAUUCCAGUCUCCAGCACAUUCCAGCCUACAACUAUUUCGACAGUGCCAAUGUACAGCGUAUUUCACAUUACCCGUUAAGCAGAACGAACCAAUACAAUCUCCACAAAAACCGAAGACUUAGUACCUCCAACUAUGACUCCCGGAGCGGUCGCAAUCGCGGGAUGGAACGAAGCGCCUACGUCAACCGCAGUUUCGUACUCCACGAGCCCAUUCAUCAGUAUGUGCCAAAGCGGAUGGGUGGGUUCGCGUUCGAAACAUCACAUUAUGGGAUUGAUCCUGUCGAUCGUUUUCCCGAUCGGCGUCGUCAUAGUGUGCACCAUAUCGCACAGCUGAGCGUCUCGAAAAUGGACGACCUGAAGACACGGUUCGAUGAGUACAGUUCGUCGGCAGCGGUCGCCAGAGGGCGUGGCGGAGGCGGUGGUGGUUACGGCGACAAAGACGGAAACCGACGUCCAAGUCGGCAACAGUUGGCUAGUGGCAUCCAAUUUGUCGCUGGUGCCGGUAGACUGAAUCUUGGCUACAACGGUAGCAGAAGUUUAAACGUUCACGAGUCAUCUUCAAACCGAGCCCCUCCGACCGAGGGUCGACAGAAAGUCAGCAGCGCGAAAACGCCAAAGCGUGGCUCAAGGUCAUCGCAAGGAUCGACGGACAGCAGUCACAGUUCACAUAGUGCCUCAUCCGGCUCGCUACUGCUGACGGUAGCGAAUCUGGAGAACUUCGCCAAGAUCAACAAAAAGCACGGGUCCAGCUACGGUACCAGCAAAGCCAUGGAACAGUAUCUAUCUUCGACGACCGGUAUCGUCCCGACCGCUGCCAUUAUGGAAGCCGUUGGUGACAAGUACGGUACGGGUAACAGUGUCAUAGCGAAACAGACGCCGUACGGCGUACCGCCGGAGGACAGCACGGAAUCGACGGACCAAUCCGAAAUUAACUAUCAGAAGGACGACGACAGUGGCAAUCCGCCAACCAGCUCGGCCAUCAUUGCCAUCGAGGAAAUCACUUCCGAUCUGCGGCAGCAACAGGACCAGCAGUAUCGUUCAAAGAAAACCAAAGAUCCGGAUUCGGUGUCAGUGGCCAGUUCUACGCAUUUCACAAUGAUCAACGGUGUGGGCGGCCCGCAGCGCCUCCCGAAGGGUGGCAUUUGUUCCCGCGGGCACCAGAUCACGGUGCUGAUCGUGACAAUGAGUAUCGUGUUCAUGGUCGGGAUCUGUGCGGCAGUCUUCUUCCUAGAAAUGCGUGCCAGAGAGAUGCCCAGAUGAAACUGGAAGGACGAUAUGCACAGUAUGCAUCAUCGGAUUCGGAGCACGGAACCACCCUGUCCCAAUCGAAUAACAAUCAACAUCGCCUUUGUAGCCAUAUUGAAAUCAGCAUAAUUUUUUUUACGUAAUAUUACUUACUAGUGAUAACCAAUAACUACCAUUGGAAGGAGUAAGCUUGAAAACAAAAAAAAACGGUAUGCAAUGCGUACAAAAUCAUCGCUCACUUUUAUGCUGCCUAAAAUAAUGAAAUAAAACCAGAAAAGUCUGGUCGGCUGACUGCAAGUUCAAUCGUAUGAUACAUGAGAAACCAAAAAAAAAAAUAGAUUGUAUUUGAAGAACUUGCCCAACCACUACAAAGUCAUUCUGUUUAGCAUUUGAAAUACAAACAUAUCUGUAACUUUUCUAAGCAAAACAAAAAUCAUAUCUUCCUCAAAACCAUACGCUACUGUACACAUUUUUU